AUGGCUCCAAGCAUCGUCAAGCUCACCCCCGAGCAGCUCUCGCUCUUCCGACGAGACUUUGACCUGAUGGACCUUGACAAGGACGGCAAGAUCACCCCGCUCGAGCUCAAGACAUUCAUGGAAGCCCUCGGCGAGACCAAGGACAUCCCCACCGAAGUCGACCGCAUCUUCAAGCGCAUGGACAUCAACGAGGACUCGGUCAUCGACUUUGACGAGUUCCUGAUCGCCUGCCAGCGCAAACUCCGCAAGGACGCUCUGCGGGCCCGCUUUGCCGUCAUCGACACCGAUGCCUCGGGCUAUAUCUCCUUCGAGGAGGCCAAGGCCUUCUUUGGGUUCAAGCAAGACAACGACCUGAGCGAGGAGGACCAGGAGUUCUUGAAUGCCGUCUUUGAAGUCGCCGACGUCAACCACGACGGCCAGAUCAGCUUCUCCGAGUUCUCGCGGCUGGACGAGCAGCUCGAGCAGCUUCUGGAGAUCGAGGCCUGA